ACACAAGGUACAAUGCAGUUUAAAUGGAGAUGGAAAUGCCCGCCUUUAUAAACUUGCCAUGGUUGUUUCUGUCCGAACAGUUUUUUAAGAAACGAGCGCUGGUGUUUAUGAGGGGGUGGGCGUGCUGCUGCCGGGCCCUGUCACGGUGGCAACGGCCGGGCCUGGCGCCAUCUCCGGCGGGGCCGCCGCUCCGCUGGGGGGCGCUGUCCGCGCGGUGCCCGGCGGGAAGGAGGCGGUGCCAUGGCGGCGGCGGGCCGGGAGCGCUCGGGGUCUGGCGUGCUCGCCCUGCCCGGGCCGGCGCCCGGCGCGCCCUGCUGCCCUCACGGUCCUGCGCUUCUGUUUGUGAAGACCAGCCAAGGAAAAGAAGAAGGAAGAAGAUUCUAUGCUUGUUCGGCUUGCAGGGAUAGAAAAGAUUGUAACUUUUUUCAGUGGGAAGAUGAGAAGGUGUCAGAAACUAGGCUUGCAGCACGUGAAGAAUAUAAUAGAAAUCAUCAGCCUUCUUUUACACACAAACAGAAUGUGGACAGGUACAAGAAUUUUGUUCUGUUGCCGUUAUCAAAGAGGAGAUUUUGCCAGGAAUGCCAGCAAUUACUGUUGCCAGCAGAAUGGGAAAAACACUCAGAUCACCAGUUCCUGUGUGAUAUCUCCACUGCCCAGCUGAAAAGUCCCAGUCAACUACUAUAUCCRCUGGAGAAUAAAAAGACAAAUGCACAGUAUUUAUUUGCAGACAGAAGUUGCCAGUUCCUACUGAAUCUCCUUAUAGAUUUAGGAUUCAGACGAGUACUCUCUGUUGGAACACCCAGGCUUCAUGAAAUGAUCCAGUCAAAAGCAUCACAAGAAGAAGAUUUGAGUGUUAGAAGCCUUCUGCUAGAUAUCGAUUUCAGGUAUUCCCAAUUUUACACAGAGGAUGAAUUCUGCCACUACAACAUGUUCAAUCAUCAUUUUUUUGGAGGAGAGGCUGCACGUGAAACUUGUAGGAAAUUCUUGCAUGAAGAGAAUGAUGAAAGAGUCAUUAUGGUAACUGAUCCCCCAUUUGGAGGUUUGGUGGAAGCACUGGCUUCUAGUUUUAAAAAACUGAUGUCAAUGUGGAAGGAGACAGAAAAAGAAGGUCAUGUCAACAAAGAGAUGSCCAUGUUCUGGAUAUUUCCAUACUUCUUUGAGUCUCGUAUCCUUGACUUUUUCCCAAGCUUCAGUAUGAUGGAUUACCAGGUAGACUAUGAUAAUCAUGCACUGUAUAAACAUGGCAAGACAGGUCGUAGACAGUCUCCUGUCCGUAUUUUCACGAACCUUGCCCCGAGUAUGAUUGUGCUUCCUGAAGAAGAGGGAUAUAGGUUUUGCAGUGUAUGUCAGCGUUAUGUUAGUUCUGGUAACCAGCACUGUGAGAUAUGCAAUUCAUGUACAUCAAAAGACGGCAGACGAUGGAAACAUUGUGUUCUUUGCAAAAAAUGUGUAAAACCCUCUUGGUUUCACUGUAACRAUUGCAACUGCUGCACUCUUCAGAAGCACAGCUGUGAGAAGAKUGAUGUUGGCUGUUUUGUUUGUGGCAAGGCAGGUCACAAGCGCAGUGCCUGUCCUCGUCUCUCCCGCACCAGAACAGCUUGUCAACCUGGCAAAAAGAAAGGGCAGAAAAUUCAAAAGAGAGUAAUGAUGGGGAUCCGUAAAAGAUUAGCUAUGAAACGUGCUGUAUUCUCCAAGAGGAAAGUAAAAAAUAAGAAAAAGAAGACAUGACUUAUCUUGCUGUUACAUAGUUGCUAAUUAAUUUUUUUUUAUUGCCAGCCUUUCAUUCCAUUUUCUAAAAGUGUAAAUGUUAACAUCCAAAAUAAAAUCUGAUUGAAUUAGAAGUGACAGUUCUUUUAUUUUACAUCAUUACUGGUACCAAAAAAAAAAMCCCACCCAAAACAACUAAGUGAACCACCACAGCUCUUAGCAUCUAUUUGUAUACUGUGAUAAUUUUGUAUUUCGGAUUAGCUAUUUGUCUAAUUUGGUGGGUAUUGGACGUUAAGGGGAAUACUGCUGAGUGGUGAGGUAAUGACUGAGGGAUGCUCCCUUAGUAUGCUACAUUGGUAUUGGGGGACSUGCGGCAAGGGAGGAAGUGAGGGUAGGUAGAGGGGGAAGAGACAAGUUCUAGGAUUCUAAGCUCUGUCAGUUACAGUCUUCUUACAGGAUACCUUGUGAUUUUUAAAAAAUUUCUCUGCAAAUGGAAAAGGGGCUAUUAAAAAAAGUACUGUAUUUAGUAUGCUUAAGUGGRCGGAACGGAAGAGCCUGACCCGCCUCCCCGCGCCCG